AUGAUGGUCCUUCUGGCAAAGCUUCGAAGCCGGUAAGUCAUUAGGUUUUAUAAUACCCCAACAGCAUGCAAGAAAUGCUCAAUUUGCAUUUCCUGUAGAUCUUCGGUCUCGAAAAGACCGGCACACAAAAGAUAGAUUCAAACAAAAAAUUAUUUCCAGGAACAGAGCAAAUGUCACCAUAAUUUUUUUUCUCUUAAUGGCACAAUAGGCGACGUAAUCUUAUAUAUCUUGUUUCACACGCUGUAAAAAGCGCGGUUCAAAAAAAAGAGGCCAACUUGAUAUCUCAAAGUUCGUUGAAGUGGAUUGAAAAUGUCAGGGCGCAGCUCGAUAGUCUGGCUGUGCUGCGCCAAAUCAUUUUCUGUCGCUUGCCUCUUUGAAGUAAUCAAAAAAUGCCUCUUUGCCUCUCUUAUAUCUAAUAUUAGGACACUUUAGUCUCAAAUAGCGCAUAAUCUUGUAAGUACAAGGAUUAACGAAUAGUUGAGUGCGUGUGAACGCAGGCGUUGGAAGAAUAUCGACAUUUUUGGAGCAAACAAAGUUAUUUUUAGUACGGAGCUGGCCCAAUGUACAUGUCAAUGAUUAGUUAGGAUGAGUAAGAGAUUUACAUAAUUUUUAACGGAAUUAAUUUAAGGAAAAAUAUCUCUGACUUGCGGAUUAUGUUUAAUAACAAGUAGGGAGAAUCACAAAACAUUGGGUUACUAUAGCUUCGACGUUAAUCUUAUGCCCUAAGAAUAUCCAAAAUUGUCGAAUUUAGCUAUUAUAUUUGUCACCUUGAAAAAUUUCUCUAAAGUGCGCCACGAAAAGAAGCCAUUAUAAUUGCAAAAAGAAAAAAUAUUUCAAAUAAACAUGUAGAAAGUUGUCGCUAUAAUUUAUUCCCGUCGUUAUUGAUACGGUAGACAAAGAAGUUUUUUGGACAACGAUAUACUAUACAAAGGUUUCUGAACAACGGAACCCUGACUUUCUACUCGUAAGCCUAAAAAAGCUAGUUUUUUUCUGUCUUAUCGAAUAGGGUUUUGAACUCGGCCAACGAACUCUUCUGAAUUUAAACUUGAGCUCGAGAAUUUUAAGAUCCUUGGACCGGGGUUUAGAGUCUUUCGGAGCCAUUUACAAUUGCACAGUGUAAAAUUUCGACCUUUUUUUCAACAAAGCCUAUCCUUUUAACUUCCCCAACCAAGUUUCAAGACGUUUGCACUCCUUUUUACGGCCUUUCCCUUUGAAGGAUCAUCGAAACGUUCUUCAAGUGCAUCUUGUUCGUGGUUUGAAUUUUGAAUGCAAAAAUUUAAAUGGCGUUUUUCGUUGAGUCAAGGUAAAUUUAGACGCAUUUUGCGGUAAAUUGCUUUUGCCUUCCCAAAUGCUAAUUAAUUAUUGCCUAAAUCGGUGAUUAAACGGGGGAGAAAUUCCGUAAAUCCGAGGACUCGUUUUUUUUGCAAGCUACAAUGGGUUUAAUUGGUCGUCAGUCGUCUUGCACCUGCGUAUUUUUACCGUAGUAAUCGUCGUUUAAUCGCGGGAUAUAUUAUUAGAUUUUCUCUAAAAUCUUGCAUAGGUGGUAAUUAAGAUUCGAGUAGCUUUAUAUCACGUCCAAAUAAGGAUUGUUGUUUGCGCUGACAUUUGCCACAGGAAAACAAAAAAUUGUAGUUUUUCGAAAAAAUAUUUUCUUUCAUUAGAGGAAUUUUAGUUUUAUCCCAGAGCGAAAACAAACUUGUUUUCUAAAUUUUAUUCGUUUCAAUUUCGAAUUUUUUAUAUGAAUUCAAAUCAAGCCAUUAUUUUUGUAGCGAAGACCUCCAGUUUCCUAGAACGCCUUGUAUUUUUUGCUUCUUUGCACUCAACUUUUCAUAAUUUACAAAAACUGUGUAUAAUAUAUUCCUCAUGUGACACUCAUAUCACAAAAUGCCACACAGUAUUCUCUGUUUUGUGACCGUAAUGGUGCUUGUGAUAAUUAUCGUUGUCAUCGUAAAAGGCGACUAUACAAUCCUGCGGAGACCUUUCAUUUUCCGGUUCUCUGUAACUUCUUGAUGUUUAUGGCCAUUUGGAUUGUAGGAAUUACCAAAAAAAGUGUCGGAAAUUAAGUUUUUAAUGCUACAGUAAGUGGGAGAUUAUUACGUGUGCCAUCUUUUGCAAAGGGAAAAGGGGUGAUUAGGGCAUGGUUGUUCUUUGGAAAGUAAAUUAUUUUUUUUCUCGUAGCGUUCAAUUUUGUCCAACAUUGCAAACGCAAUGGAAGCUUUGCUAUGAAAUUUCGCUUCUUUCAGUACUGCAGCGCAUGGUAGCCAGUUUUUGAUAUGGAAAGUUGUAAAAAUACAAACUUUUCGCAUUUUACAACCUCGAAACUGCAUCUAUUUCCACAAGGAUGUGUAGACUGAAAAAUUAGCGAAGCACCGGUAUGAACAACAACCGUUAACUCCCGCUUAUCCUUAUUCGUGCCAUUCCCUCCAAAUCCAGGCAAAAGGAUUUGUAAUUUUAAUUAAACAACUCAUCCGCUAACAAUUGAAAGAUGCGUGACAUUUCCGGGUUUCGGAAUCCUCAAAACCAGAGAUUCUGCAAAAAAAUUGAUUGUGUUUUAUGUCUGAUGGAGAAAUAACGUGGAUUCGCCUUGGAAUCGCGCAUCAUUGCCUUAGCGACAAGGCACGAUUUUGUCCAUAGUGCCGAGGGAGAUCCACAUUAUUUUCCCGACAGACGGAUAAUUACAGUAUUGCGAAAGACAAAGAUUUUCGAAAGCCACUCCUCUGUACGGCUUGUACCUUCUGUCACUGUAAACUCUGGUCUUCUUUUCUACUUAGCCAAUGGUUUAGUAAAAAACAAAAGACAUGAGGUUCUUUGCCACGUGAGUAAUCUUAUCUUUUUUGAAGAAUCCCUACAUUUCGCAGAUUAUUUUUUUGUUUCAAUUAUCUUAUUACUGCGUUUUGGGUUUAAAUCUCUGAGAUUAUCACCUCCGGUCGCGUUAUUCAGCAUGCACUUUUAUCCCGGAAUCUUAUCCGACUUUUUUGAAAAGAAGAAUAAUUAAUUUGCAUAUUAGCAGUCUGUAGGGAAAAUAAUGAGCAAUCUGUCGCGUCGGAAGUCCCCAUGAAUUGAGUCGCGACAAAACCAUAGUGGUUUUCGCUUUUAAGUUUAGCGACGCGAUCGGCUCAGUUUUCAUUAUUUUCCCGACAAAAAAAAAAUACAUGCAAAAAAUGUGGUUAUUGUUAAUAGCCUUGAUUACAACGAUUUUUUUUUGAGGGUUCACAAUGUUUCAGCUACAAAGCACAUCUCCUUUUGUUGUAAAUUAAGUUAUCCUCAACAAUGCUGACAUUAAUUUUCAGUCUUAAUUUUCCCAUUGGGCACGUAAAUUUUUGAUAUUUUAUUCAAUCUUAAUUUCCCUCCAUGCAAUUCGGGUUCAAUACACUUAAUUUGAUAGUAUUUUUGGCUGCAGCAGCAGACCAAUUUCACUCUUUAGGGCUCUAUUUUUGGAUCAUGAGGUAAUUACAGUCGAAGGAUGUUUUUGCAAUGCUAUAUGAUUACAAAAUAUUUAUUUGAAGUUGUGGGUUAUAGUCUCAAAUUAUCCCGGCAAGGAAUACGAAAUAUAAUACUACAAAUUUUUGGACCUUCGAGAAAGGUAUUUCCUUAUUACACCGAUAAUUACCCGGUAAUAUUACAGUCCCGGAGCUACGAAAGACGAUUGUAUUAUGUUAUAAAUACUUUGCCAGUGUCUGUUUGAGCCUCGUUUUUUCGGUUCAAAUUAUGUAUCAGUCGGUAGGGAAAAUAACAAUGUCUUUGCGUCAAUCACAUCGCGAAACUGAAAAAGCAAGCUGAUUUUGUCGUGACGCAACUCUUUUUCUCGGCGUCGAUGCGAUUUUCGGUCCUAUAUGUAGUGCUCAUUAUUUUACGGAUUGAUACAAUUAAUGAAGAGCUUUGAUUUCCAUUGUUACUUGAUGCAAUAAUAGACCAAGCUAUAAAACAAAUGCCCUUCCGUGUUAAAUAUUGGCUGCGUACUGAUGAUUUCUUUGUUUUUAUAGGUCAGCUGUCAAAAGUGGCGUCAAAGGUCUCUGUUCGCGUGCCGACAAAUGCAGUAACUGCGAGUAUGUUUAACACUGUGUACGUUUUGGUAUAGCAUUUGUCUGGUAAAAUGGCGAGAGCUGGCGGACACAUUUUGAUAAAACAUAGGCAGGCGUAGAAUUGAAAUUUCGAUGGGAUAUGGGAGAUUUAUAGCCAGCAUAUCGUAAAAAACAGUCGAGAUUUUACUGUUUUUUACUAAUCCAUCUGGAAAAUGGUCGGACUGAUUCUUGGCGUUUGCACUGUGCAAAAACAGCGGAGUGCAUGCGACAGCACAAACAGCCAUUUGCAUGGUGCAAAAAGGAAGAAACUGCCGCACGCAGUAAACUGAACUUUUGUUUUCUCAAUUGUCACAGUGCAAGUCGCAGAAAUCAGUCUGGUGACCUUCCGGACAGGCCAGUCUUGUCCCUAAACUUUUUGUCAUGUGGGAAAGUAAAGAUAUGGAGUCCAAAAAAUUGUUUUUUCCUUGUCCAUCGCACUAUUUUUUAUGGUCGCUCAUCUGCAAAGGGCGCGAAAUAUCUGGCAGUCUUUGUAAAUUUGGAAAUUAAAGCUAGAGCUUACAAACAGAAAAAUCGAAAGCAAGUCGUAAACUGAAGGUCAGAGAACUCUCCUAAUUGAAGAGUGCCACUUCAGAACAGCAUUAGCUGCCCGUGCUGCCAUAGAUCUCAUUUCCAAGCGCUCAAUGUUCAUCUGGACCCUGAGGCAUUCUUAGCGCCCCGCCUUGUCGCCUUAACAAUCCGCUUCGAAGAUGUUCGCCCCAUUGUGUUUGUACGUGUGAACAACAAAUAAUUUAUGAGUUCAGAAGGCUGAGCGCUUUUUGAGGAUUCCCCCCUCCCUGUCAUUUUCAUUUGCCCUAAUCCGAAAAGGUGUAGUCGCGGGGCGGAGUUUUGCACGAUAUAUAAAGUGCAAUGGUAGGUAGAGAUUUGGGCGCGGUUAGGCAAGGCGACGGUUUCAAAUUGUGGGAAUGGCUCUUUUGUAAUUGAAAAUUACAACAAGCGUCUAGACCUAAGUUUCUAGGGGAUUCCCCGGGGAGAAAACUUGCAUCCUGCCAUGUGAUUAGCGGUGUAAUCUUGAAGCCUUAAGCCAAUCCUUUCAUCUCAUGUUACAAACUUGAAUUUUUUAUUUUAUCCUUUCACUUGAAUCCCUCGAAUCCAGACGACUUUUCGGGAUCUCUGCCUUCCAGACAGUUGUCCCAUAACUUCUUAACCCCAACAAAGUUAGCUGGCAAUUCGAUUACUGGGGGGUUUUUCCUGUUCUGCGUCCACCCUCAGGAUGUUUGUUGUGCCCGGAAAAACAUAGUUUAUCAUAAACUAGGAUAAAUUAUGCAUACGGACAUACUUUAUCAUGCGAUGCAUAUUUUUCGGCGUUCAAAUUCCAUUUCAAAACCUCCAGAAAUCUUGUUUUUUUACCACCCCUCUCCCUGUUACACUAGUUGUUUUGGGGGUGACUGUGAAUGCCAUGUUACUCUGACUAAUGUACCCGCUAAUGUCAGUUUAUUGCGUCUGUGUCCGAGAACUCGCAUGCGAUGCACUCGAAAUUUUUCCGAAAAACUCUUGAACUAAAUGUGUGCCGGUUUUGCAGACUGCCUUAGCACAGUCAAAGUCAUACUGGAGACCACCACCCAACCUCGACAACGUAUGAGUGCCUAUGUGUACAUUUUCAGAAUGAGCGCCGGCGUGAAACACGUGGGCGUGCGGCCGGACAGCGAUCUGCUGGCGCGAACGGCGAAGAGCGCGAGCUUGGACGGAAUGUCGGACCAGGUAAGGGGCAUUUCAAUAUUAUACUCGAUAACUAAGUGUUCCAAAAAGACUGUAUUUUUUAAAAAACCUUAAAAUUCGGUUCAAACAGAUCCAUUUCCUCCUCCCAAUGCCAGUAGGGUCAUGUACAAUAUAGUGUGUCCUAUUUUUACUAAUCUUCCCAAUUUCAGCCUCAAGACCCAACUGUUUACAUGAUGAUCUGCCUGUUUGCCGACAUUCUCAUCUGGACUUUGGCCGGAAUCAUUCUCUACCGUGCCGUGAAAGCGUGCAAACAAAGCAGUCGCGACCAGGGCGAGCUGGAGACCCGCUACGCUCGCUUCGACGGUGAAGACGUUGUCGGGGACUAUAGUGAGGACGAAAUUGAAAUCAGUGAAGACGAGGACGACGUUCGGCGAUCCGUUGAAGAAAGAGCCUCUUUCAACUUUUUCCCCAACAUCUACCCGACUUCAUUGAAGAGAAUGGAAGAGGGAAAAGCGGUCCUAAUGUCAUUGAUGCCCAUGAGAGACGUCAACGUGGACAGCGAAUGCAAAAUGAGCCGACUGCAGCGGUUUUGGCAGCGACUCCGACGCGGAAGCAAGACCCAUACCGUGCCAAUCGUAACGACGUUGCAAAACCAACACGGCGCCGAAUACGUCUAG